UACACGUUGGUUCCAGUGACACAGAUCAGCUGAGUGGGAUCAAGGCGUGAAUACCAGCAUGUCGGUCUGAAAUUUGCAUUAUUUUUAAAUUGACGCCAUGAGCGUCAACGUGUGUGACGUAUGUGUUUUGUGUUUUAUAAUUUUCACGUGUGGUACUGAGCCAUGUUGCGGAAUUCAGCUCACAGCCUAUAUAUCACAGUCAGGUCUUCAUGGGGAAGUAAUCUUCCAGCAGCAGCCUGGAGAUGGGAAUACUGUGGUAGUACGAACAUCCCUCCAAGCAGUAGAUGAGCAGUCACAGUGGUCCUGGGUGGUGAGAGAACUGCCAGUUUCCUAUAGCAACAUUGAAGAUCGGUGUGGAAAUGAUAAACUGGGCUCAGUUACUCUGAUCUUGGAUGAAGUGUUUGGGCCACUAAACCUGCCUGCCAAUGGCUCAGCAGAGAUGACAGCUGCAGGUGAUCAGAUGGUGCUAACAGGUGCCAAGGGCUUGUGGGGAAAGUCCCUUGUCUUGCAGGUUGUUGAUGACAUAUCGCGCAAAGCCUGUGCCACCAUUACAGUGUCUGGAAAUGCUGAUGAGAAGGUUGCAGAAGCAAAGUUCUUUUCUCCAGUUGCUGGCUCUGUUUUCUUACGCUGGGUUGGUAGCCAUCACUCAGGCUCUACAGACACUCUGCUGUAUACAAACCUGUACCAUGUUGUUAGCCCUGAAGGCAUCAAACCUGCUAACACUGAACAUCACUGGAAGAUUUACACGACAGAUAUUCUGGAUUCAGAAGCUGAUAAAUCUCGAGAGAACUGUAACUUCCUCCAGUUGGUGUUCGAUCCAGUGUUUUCAACAACUCCAGGUCAAGCAGUUGGAGACCUUGAUUCUCGCAUUGGCAAGGUAAACGUUUCUGGAGAUCCAAGACUAUCACAUUCUUCAGUUGCUGGUGUAUACCAUGAAUCUGGACUUACAUCACUGUCUGCCAGUCUACUGAGUGGACAGCGCAGUUUGUACCUCGUGAUAUUUGAUGCCAGACAUCACGACAGUUUCCUGGCCUGUGCAAAAAUACGCGAAGUUCAUCCCGCAGUCCUAAAGGCUUUGAUACAGUCAGAUGGUGUGAAAGGGGAAAUAACCCUCAGUCAACGAUCACCCUCUGAUCCAACAUGGAUCAGAAUAAAUCUGACUGCAACCAAUGAUAAGUUCACAGGAAGAGUAACAAAAACAUCUGCUUACAAGAUUCAUGAACUUCCGCCAGUACCAUUGCCUUCUAUAAAUGUAAAGGAGAAUCAUUGCCUUAAAACAGGUUCUGUAUUCAAUCCAAGCAACAUACAAGAAGAUCAAGCUUCAGGAAGUCAAGAUACUUACGCUGUUGGGGACCUCAAUGGAAAACAUAACAUGUGGCGGCAGGAACAGAGUUUUGCUGAACUGAAUAAUCAGCACUGGGAUAUCUAUCUGCCAUUGUAUGGUCAUCACAGUGUGGCUCAUAGGUCAUUUGUCUUCUACAGGAGGAAUAAUUCUCUCAGUGCUUCAUCUGCUAAUUCUGCUGAUGCUCCAUGGAUCUGUGGCAAACUGACUCGAUAUACUGCUGUUGACCGUGGUUGGAAGACUCCUAUAUUCACUGCAGGAGUGGUAUUUCGAUAUCCAACAGUAGGGCGCGUGAUUUUCCGUCAACCACGAGAUCAGCCCUGGACUGACACAACAAUAAUAGUUGAAACUUUGGUUCAUGGUGAUGGAACAUCUGUUAACAAUACUGCCAACCACCGAUGGGCAGUGCAUGUUGAGCCACGAGGGAAAGAUUACUACAAUUGGACAGGACGAUGUCUUAGUGCUGGACCAAUAUAUAAUCCUUAUAAGGUUACAUAUGAUCCUAAAGAGUCAGACUCUCCAUGCAGUUCAUCCUACCCGGGGUUCUGCCAGCUAGGAGAUCUCUCAUCCCGUCAUGGCAUGCUUACAAUCGCAGGAAGGAAGGUCAAUGGGGAGAAGAUGACUCGACGCCUGUUCACUGACCCACACCUUCCUCUCAGUGGUGUUGCCAGUAUUAUGGGGCGGACACUUGUGUUGUAUGAUGACAAUGGGCCCAAAGCUAGAGGCGAGAGGUUGGCAUGUUCCACAAUAUAUGGAAUCUAUAGAAGAAAAGCAGUGGUUAAAGACUGGUAUGGUAAUGGAGAAAUGACUACUGUGAGAGGGAAGAUUGAGUUUUUUCAGCAAACUGAAUAUGAUGUCACUGACAUUGAGAUUGAUCUGGAAGGGCUGAAUGACAACAGUGGAUACCACAUACACAUGACACCUGUUGAAGGUCAUCUGGAGUUCCCUUGUGAGGGCUCAUCCUUGUAUGGUCACUGGAACCCUCUGAAUGUAAAUUAUUCCUUAUCCCCUCUCCCUGGUAUUGGAACAACAGAUCAGUAUGAAAUGGGAGAUCUAAGUGGAAAGUUUGGUUUGCUGAAUGGGUUUGUCAACUUGGAUGCAGUAUAUAAUGAUACCAAACUUCCCCUGUUUGGAACGCAUGCCAUCUUGGGUCGCUCUGUUAUCAUACACAAGAGAGAGAAGAAUAUGCGCUGGGUGUGUUCAUCUGUUGAACGAGGUUAUGCUCCAGGAGAAGCUCGGGAGCUGCGUGCCAUAGCUUCAUUCCAUCAUCCACUUGGCUAUGCCUAUGGUUUCAUAAGAAUGACACAGCUGGUUUACAAUGAUGGCAGUAAGAGUGAAACAGUGAUAGAAGUUAAUCUGCGUCAUCCUGGUAAACAUGAUCGGAAUUUGACUCGGGACCACAAUUGGGCAAUUUAUGUUAAUCCUGUGGGAGUUGAUGCUACUGUGAAAGUACAGGACACUCGAUGUGUGGCUGCUGGCUAUCGCUGGAAUCCAUAUUACACCCAGUUGGCAGAUCCCCUGAAUGAUGAACUGUAUCGUGAAGAAUGUGGUCCAGACAACCCUCUUCGUUGCUAUGUUGGAGACAUAUCUGGGCGUCUUGGAACAAUCAAUCUUGGAGACAGGAGACAGGUUUUCACAGACAGCAACUUCCCUUUAGAGGGAGAUGUUUCAGCAGUGGGGAGAUCAAUUGUGAUUUUCAGCAAGGAUCGGGGAGGAGAGAGGUUUGCAUGUGCAAACAUUGAGCCUGACAAAGACAUCAUAAAAUAUGCAAACAUACGCAAACCACCAAGAUUUGUUGUGGCCCAGUUCAUUGAAGAUGUCAGAGAGGUUAUGGGCCUCCCUGAAUGGAUGUUAACAGUUGACAGUCGUAAGACAAGAACCUUGCAUAGUGGUACUUGUAUCCAGUUUCUACUACAUUUCAAAGGACCACUAGCCAAUCAACUGGAGCAGGACUUCAGUCGGUUGCUGGCUAAUGGCCACCUUGCAUCCCCUAGUGUGUACAACCCAGGCUAUGUGCCAAGCAGCAGGCGAAAGACUCAUCUUUCUUAUAGACCCUGUGGAUCAAGAGAUCCAAAUUAUAAAAAUACCAAGAAUUGUGCUGUCACUGCAAAAUCAUGUAUGGAGUUGGCAUAUUUUCUAACAAUUCUUAUCAUAGUAAAAUGUCGACCUAUCGUGUGAACAUUUGAUUUAUCCUAAUGGAAAGAAUAUAAUUGAUUUUUAUGUACUUUUUUGAAUAAAUGUUAUUUAUUUCAA